UUUGCCAUCAUCUCUUCACUCGAGACAACGGCGCACACUCCACGACGCGAACGCCCCUUCCCCGCUUGGCUCUUUUCCUCUCCACCGCCUUCGCAACGGGCAUGCCUCCUCUCUCUCUCCUCUUCGGAUCUCCCCUUUGCCAUCGGCGAGAUCUCGGAGGAGAGGGGCGGACGCGCCAUGUCGAAAGCCCGAGCGUACGCUGACGUCAACGUCGUCCGCCCCAAGGAGUACUGGGAUUACGUGUCGCUCACUGUCCAUUGGGGGGUUUCUAGCAGAUCUUCAUGCUCGUGCAGUUUGGAGAUGCUAAAGGAUGAUGUUGAUACUCUUGUUCCCGGUAGAUUCUUCUGUUGCGAACCACUUUUCGGCUCCUACAUGUUUGAUGUACGAUGUUUCGUAAUAUGUAAUGACUCCUUCCGAGCAUCCACUGCAAUGUUUGCUUCCCGCUCCUACAAUCAGCUGCAUGUUGGCAGCUUUUCUUUUGCUGCUUGGAGUCAGGAUGUUUAUGAGAUUGUGUGCGGAAGGUUGGAAGAGGGAAGUACAGUGAGGUCUUUGAAGGCAUAGAUGUAACCAAUAACGAGCAGUGCAUCAUCAAGAUCCUGAAGCCUGUUAAGAAAAGCAAGGUAUUUUCUCAUUCAUGGAUGUCUAGUGUGCUACUCCUUGUGAAGCCAAAAAAGUCUUUUAUUGCAUCAAAUUGUUGCACCUGUGCUAUACUUUGGUUGACAAUCUGGAGCUUAUGUA